CCCCGCUGUCCAUCAGAGGAUGGCGAGCGCUGAUUGGUUGAGGCACGGCCGGGACCUGCCCACGUCGUUUCCUUCAAACGCUGGGGCGGGAGACUCAGGGCGGAGCGCAGCGAGCAAGUUGUUCCUUCAGCGUUGGUGGAGAGAUGUUGAAGUUCAAGUAUGGAGUGCGGAAUCCAUCGGAGGCCAGUGCCUCUGAACCCAUUGCCAGUCGGGCCUCCAGGCUAAAUCUCUUCUUCCAGGGGAAACCGCCCCUCAUGACUCAACAGCAGAUGUCUGCUCUUUCCCGGGAAGGGAUGCUAGAUGCCCUCUUCGUUCUCUUUGAAGAGUGCAGCCAGCCUGCCCUGAUGAAGAUGAAGCAUGUGAGCAGCUUUGUCCGGAAGUAUUCUGACACUGUAGCUGAGUUACGGGAGCUCCAGCCGUCAGUGAGAGACUUCGAAGUUCGAAGUCUCGUGGGCUGUGGUCACUUCGCUGAAGUUCAGGUGGUUAGAGAAAAGGCAACCGGGGACGUCUAUGCCAUGAAAAUCAUGAAGAAGAAGGCUUUGCUGGCCCAGGAGCAGGUUUCAUUUUUCGAGGAAGAGAGAAACAUAUUAUCUCGGAGCACGAGUCCUUGGAUCCCCCAAUUACAGUACGCCUUUCAGGACAAAAAUAACCUUUACCUGGUAAUGGAAUAUCAGCCUGGAGGGGAUUUGCUGUCACUUCUGAACAGAUAUGAGGACCAAUUAGAUGAGAACAUGAUUCAGUUUUACCUUGCUGAGCUGAUUUUGGCUGUCCACAGCGUGCACCAGAUGGGAUAUGUGCAUCGAGACAUCAAGCCGGAGAACAUCCUCAUCGACCGGACGGGACACAUCAAGCUGGUGGAUUUUGGAUCAGCUGCUAAGAUGAAUUCAAAUAAGGUGGAUGCCAAGCUCCCCAUUGGGACCCCAGAUUACAUGGCUCCAGAAGUGUUGACCGUGAUGAACGAGGACCGAAGGGGCACCUAUGGCCUGGACUGUGACUGGUGGUCUGUUGGAGUGGUUGCUUAUGAGAUGGUUUAUGGGAAGACCCCAUUCACAGAGGGAACCUCAGCCCGGACCUUCAACAACAUCAUGAACUUCCAGCGAUUUUUGAAGUUCCCAGAUGACCCCAAAGUUAGCAGUGAGCUCCUUGAUCUGCUUCAGAGUUUGCUGUGUGUCCAGAAAGAGAGACUGAAGUUCGAGGGUCUCUGUUGCCACCCUUUCUUUGCCAGAACCGACUGGAACAACAUCCGUAACUCUCCUCCCCCCUUCGUUCCCACCCUCAAGUCUGACGAUGACACCUCCAAUUUUGAUGAACCAGAGAAGAAUUCGUGGGUUUCAUCCUCUCCGUGCCAGCUGAGCCCCUCGGGUUUCUCAGGCGAAGAGCUGCCGUUUGUGGGGUUUUCAUACAGCAAGGCACUGGGGUAUCUUGGCAGAUCUGAGUCUGUUGUGUCGGGUCUGGACUCCCCUGCCAAGAUUAGCUCCAUGGAAAAGAAACUUCUCAUCAAAAGCAAAGAGCUGCAAGACUCUCAGGACAAGUGUCACAAGAUGGAGCAGGAAAUGACCCGGUUACAUCGCAGAGUGUCAGAGGUGGAGGCUGUGCUUAGUCAGAAGGAGGUGGAGCUGAAGGCCUCUGAGACUCAGAGAUCCCUCCUGGAGCAGGACCUUGCCACCUACAUCACAGAAUGCAGUAGCUUAAAGCGAAGUUUGGAGCAAGCACGGAUGGAGGUGUCCCAGGAGGAUGACAAAGCUCUGCAGCUUCUCCAUGACAUCAGAGAGCAGAGCCGAAAGUUACAGGAGAUCAAGGAGCAGGAGUACCAGGCUCAGGUGGAGGAGAUGAGGCUGAUGAUGAAUCAGCUGGAAGAGGACCUGGUGUCAGCCCGCAGACGCAGCGAUCUCUACGAGUCUGAGCUGAGGGAGUCUCGGCUUGCUGCCGAGGAAUUCAAGCGGAAGGCAAACGAAUGUCAGCACAAACUGAUGAAGGUAGUCAGCCACCCUCCAAGAGGGGACCCUGGGGGCACGGCCCUGGAUGAUCUUCACAAGAUGCAAGGCCACGCUGGCUUAACGAGUGCUAAGGACCAAGGGAAGCCCGAAGUGGGAGAAUAUUCCAAACUGGAGAAGAUCAAUGCUGAGCAGCAGAUCAAGAUCCAGGAGCUCCAAGAGAAGCUGGAGAAGGCUGUGAAAGCCAGCACAGAGGCCACAGAGCUCCUGCAGAAUAUACGGCAGGCAAAGGAGCGAGCCGAGCGGGAGCUGGAGAAGCUGCACAAUCGGGAAGAUUCUUCCGAAGGCAUCAAAAAGAAGCUGGUGGAAGCUGAGGAACGCCGCCACUCUCUGGAGAACAAGGUAAAGAGACUAGAGACCAUGGAGCGUAGAGAGAACAGACUGAAGGAUGACAUCCAGACAAAGUCCGAGCAGAUCCAGCAGAUGGCUGAUAAAAUUCUGGAGCUGGAGGAGAAACAUCGGGAGGCUCAGGUGUCAGCCCAACACCUAGAAGUACACUUGAAACAGAAGGAGCAGCACUACGAGGAAAAGAUCAAAGUGUUGGACAAUCAGAUAAAGAAGGAUCUGGCCGACAAGGAGAGCCUGGAGAACAUGAUGCAGAGACACGAAGAGGAGGCCCACGAGAAGGGCAAGAUCCUCAGUGAGCAGAAGGCGAUGAUCAACGCAAUGGAUUCUAAAAUCAGAUCCCUGGAGCAGAGGAUUGUGGAGCUGUCGGAAGCCAACAAGCUUGCAGCCAACAGCAGUCUCUUCACCCAGAGGAACAUGAAGGCCCAGGAAGAGAUGAUCUCAGAACUCAGGCAGCAGAAAUUUUACCUGGAGACACAGGCUGGGAAGCUGGAGGCCCAGAACCGAAAGCUGGAAGAGCAACUGGAGAAAAUCAGCCACCAAGAUCACAGUGACAAGAGUCGGCUGCUGGAGCUGGAGACAAGGUUGAGGGAGGUCAGCCUGGAGCAUGAGGAGCAGAAGCUGGAGCUGAAGCGGCAGCUCACCGAGCUGCAGCUGUCCCUGCAGGAGCGGGAGUCCCAGCUGACGGCCCUGCAGGCCGCCCGGGCAGCCCUGGAGAGCCAGCUCCGACAGGCGAAGACAGAGCUGGAGGAGACAACCGCUGAAGCGGAGGAGGAGAUCCAGGCACUCACGGCACAUCGAGAUGAAAUCCAGCGCAAAUUCGAUGCCCUUCGCAACAGCUGCACUGUCAUCACCGACCUGGAGGAGCAGCUGAACCAGCUCACCGAGGACAACGCAGAGCUCAACAACCAAAACUUCUACCUGUCCAAACAACUCGAUGAGGCUUCUGGGGCCAAUGAUGAGAUUGUGCAGCUGCGGAGUGAGGUGGACCAUCUCCGCAGAGAGAUCACCGAGCGGGAGAUGCAGCUCACCAGCCAGAAGCAAGCACAACUCAGUGCUACUGAUUUGCAGACGAUGGAGGCCCUGAAGACCACGUGCACCAUGCUGGAGGAGCAGGUUAUGGACCUGGAGGCCCUGAACGACGAGCUACUGGAGAAGGAGCGUCAGUGGGAGGCCUGGAGAAGCGUCCUCGGGGACGAGAAGUCCCAGUUUGAGUGUCGAGUUCGAGAGCUACAGAGGAUGCUGGACACAGAGAAACAGAGCAGGGCUAGAGCGGAUCAGCGGAUCACCGAGUCUCGCCAGGUGGUGGAGUUGGCGGUGAAGGAACACAAGGCUGAAAUUCUUGCUCUGCAGCAGGCUCUCAAAGAGCAGAAACUCAAAGCUGAGAGCCUGUCGGACAAGCUCAACGACCUGGAGAAGAAGCAUGCCAUGCUUGAGAUGAACGCACGGAGCUUACAGCAGAAACUGGAGACAGAGCGGGAGCUCAAGCAGAGGCUUCUAGAGGAGCAAGCCAAGUUGCAGCAGCAAAUGGACCUGCAGAAGAACCACAUCUUCAGACUGACUCAAGGGCUGCAGGAGGCGCUGGACCGGGCUGAUCUGCUGAAGACAGAAAGGAGUGACCUGGAAUAUCAGCUGGAAAACAUUCAGGUUCUCUACUCUCAUGAGAAGGUGAAAAUGGAAGGCACUAUUUCUCAACAAACCAAACUCAUUGAUUUUCUGCAAGCCAAAAUGGACCAGCCCGCUAAAAAGAAAAAGGGUUUAUUUAGUCGACGGAAAGAGGACCCUGCUUUACCCACACAGGUUCCUCUGCAGUACAAUGAGCUGAAGCUAGCCCUGGAAAAGGAGAAAGCGCGCUGCGCGGAGCUGGAGGAAGCCCUGCAGAAGACCCGCAUCGAACUCCGGUCUGCACGGGAGGAAGCUGCCCACCGCAAAGCCACGGACCACCCACACCCUUCUACGCCAGCCACUGCGAGGCAGCAGAUCGCCAUGUCUGCCAUUGUGCGGUCGCCCGAGCACCAGCCCAGUGCCAUGAGCCUGCUUGCCCCACCAUCCAGCCGCAGAAAGGAGUCGUCAACUCCAGAGGAAUUCAGCCGACGUCUUAAAGAACGUAUGCACCACAACAUUCCUCACCGGUUUAAUGUGGGCCUGAACAUGCGAGCCACCAAGUGCGCCGUGUGUCUGGAUACUGUGCACUUUGGACGCCAGGCAUCCAAAUGCCUCGAAUGUCAAGUGAUGUGUCAUCCCAAGUGCUCCACCUGCUUGCCCGCCACCUGUGGCCUGCCUGCUGAAUAUGCCACACACUUCACUGAGGCCUUCUGCCGAGACAAAAUGAACUCCCCAGGGCUCCAGAGCAAGGAGCCAGGCAGCAGCUUGCACCUGGAAGGGUGGAUGAAAGUGCCCAGGAAUAACAAACGGGGACAGCAAGGCUGGGACAGGAAGUACAUUGUCCUGGAGGGGUCAAAAGUCCUCAUCUAUGACAAUGAAGCCAGAGAAGCUGGACAGAGGCCGGUGGAAGAAUUUGAGCUGUGCCUUCCAGACGGGGAUGUAUCUAUUCAUGGUGCCGUUGGUGCUUCUGAACUUGCAAAUACAGCCAAAGCAGAUGUCCCAUACAUCCUGAAGAUGGAGUCUCACCCACAUACCACCUGCUGGCCUGGGAGAACCCUCUACUUGCUUGCACCCAGCUUUCCUGACAAGCAGCGCUGGGUCACCGCCUUAGAAUCUGUCGUCGCAGGUGGGAGAGUUUCUAGGGAAAAGGCAGAAGCCGAUGCUGCAUGUGACCGUACUUCCUGUGAGCGUCAGCCAGUGUGGGUUGAGAAAUUACUUGGAAACUCUCUGCUGAAACUGGAAGGCGAUGACCGGCUUGACAUGAACUGCACCCUGCCCUUCAGCGACCAGGUGGUGCUGGUGGGCACGGAGGAAGGCCUCUAUGCGCUGAAUGUCUUGAAAAACUCUUUAACCCACAUCCCAGGGAUCGGAGCAGUCUUCCAAAUUUACAUCAUCAAGGACCUGGAGAAGCUGCUCAUGAUAGCAGGGGAAGAGCGGGCUCUGUGUCUGGUGGACGUCAAGAAGGUGAAGCAGUCCCUAGCACAGUCACACCUUCCCGCCCAGCCUGACAUCUCCCCCAACAUAUUUGAAGCUGUCAAAGGCUGCCACUUGUUCGCUGCUGGCAAGAUCGAGAACAGCCUCUGCAUCUGCGCCGCUACGCCGAGCAAAGUCGUCAUCCUCCGCUACAAUGACAACCUCAGCAAGUACUGCAUCCGCAAGGAGAUAGAGACCUCUGAGCCCUGCAGCUGUAUCCACUUCACCAAUUACAGUAUCCUCAUUGGAACCAACAAAUUCUAUGAGAUCGACAUGAAGCAGUACACUCUUGAAGAGUUCCUGGACAAGAACGACCAUUCCUUGGCACCUGCUGUGUUCGCCUCCUCAUCCAACAGCUUCCCUGUCUCCAUCGUGCAGGCGAACAGCGCCGGGCAGCGAGAGGAGUACCUGCUGUGCUUCCACGAAUUUGGGGUGUUCGUGGAUUCUUACGGAAGACGUAGCCGCACAGAUGAUCUCAAGUGGAGUCGCUUACCUCUGGCCUUCGCCUACAGAGAACCUUAUCUGUUUGUGACUCACUUCAACUCACUGGAAGUAAUUGAGAUCCAGGCUCGUUCCUCACUGGGGACCCCUGCCCGAGCAUAUCUGGAAAUCCCAAACCCUCGCUACCUGGGCCCCGCAAUUUCCUCCGGAGCAAUUUACCUGGCCUCCUCAUACCAGGACAAGUUAAGAGUCAUAUGCUGCAAAGGAAACCUCGUGAAAGAGUCUGGCACUGAGCAGCACCGGGUGCCCUCCACCUCCCGAAGCAGCCCCAACAAGCGUGGCCCACCCACAUACAACGAGCACAUCACCAAACGUGUGGCCUCCAGCCCAGCGCCACCACCGGAAGGCCCCAGCCACCCCAGAGAGCCAAGCACACCCCACCGCUACCGAGACAGAGAGGGCCGGACAGAGCUGCGCAGGGACAAGUCCCCAGGCCGUCCCCUGGAGCGGGAGAAGUCCCCAGGCCGGAUGCUCAGCACGAGGAGAGAGCGGUCCCCAGGAAGACUGUUUGAAGACAGCAGCAGAGGCCGGCUGCCUGCGGGAGCCGUGAGGACCCCACUGUCCCAGGUUAACAAGGUCUGGGACCAGUCUUCAGUAUAAGUCUCAGCCAGAAAAACACUUCCUCAUCUCCGUCUGCAGGAAAACACCGCGCUCUGGGUCUCCACCGCAGGGGACCCCAGCACCCGUCUGCCCGGCCCGCAUUCGGCACAGCUGGGUCCAGAUUGUCCUUGGCACGGACACCCCUAUCUCCAAGGGGUGCGGAUAGCCAAGGCUCUUAGGCGCUGCCAGCGCUCAGUCCCCCCCUUGGAGGGGAGGGAGCACCUUCCUGCAGUCAUCUCUGCACUGUUAACUCUCAAGCAUUCACAGACUUUUGUACUUAGCUCCAGCCUGAACCCAUCCAUCACAAGGAAACCAACCCGGACUCAAACCGUGGCUGGAAGUCUACUGCUACUCUAAGAUCCUUGGGUUGGUUAGUUUUUUUCUUUGGUUUGGAUUUCUUUUUCCUCCUCCUCCUCCUCCUCCUCCUCCUCCUCCUCCUCCUCCUCCUCCUCUUCCUCUUCCUCCUCUUUUUUUUUUUAAUACAACAGAAUUCUUAGUAGAUUUGGAUAGCAAUGUAUUUCCUGUUGUAGUGGUUUUUAGCUAGAUCACACCAUCAGGUCUUUGCCACUGAAACGUAGCCUAGAAGAGUCCGUCCCCCACCCCACCCCCACCCCCCGUCGGUUGGUCAGUUGGCUAACCUCCCGUGUUCAUGUAGCUUCAGUCGUUCUUGUCCCGGUCCAUUCUCAUAGAUGGCCCUGUCUUACCCAGGGUGACAUUGUAGCCAAAUGUUUACCGUUCUCAUUGCCUUUUAUGGCCUUGACAACUUCCCUUCCCACCAGCCGAGAAUGUAUGGAGGGUCAACCAGGCCUCGGCUCAGAGGCAGUGACCUGGGGCCAAGGGACCUCAAGCUCUCCUCCCCUGCCGCUCAGCCUCAUCUACCCAGCCUGCUUCCCCAGCUUUCCGAGUAGCUUUGGCCAGGAAAGCGCGCAAUAGACUUGCUCCAAGCCCAGCAUUAAUAGGCCUUGGGGUUGGGGUUGGGACUGGGGCACCGCCCCCUGUCCUAGGGUCACUCCUCUGGGAUGAGGAGGAGAUCCGACUGGGAGCUCUGCAUGGCGGAUCGCUGCAUGUGCUGCCCCUGACCUGCCUGACUCCUCCCUGGGUUGCUCUGCCGAUGUAUUGCUGCCAUCCCAUAACCCCACCAAAUCAAGACCCUCUCGAUGACUUGUCAAUAAACCGGCCACAACAGGCUGCAAUCUGUAGCACUGAACAAGCAAACAAAAACAAACAAAACAAAACAAAACGCUCAAGCCUUACGACCAGAGAAGGAUUUCAGCAAACCACACUCCUCCCUCCGUUCUCCUCCCACUUUCCAGUUCCCUGCUGACUUCAAGGAUGACUGUGUGCUAACACAAAACCCAGCACGGUUCUACCCCAUGAAACUGUGACUUCCCAGAUGAGCCUCUCCCUAGGGCUGGACCUAAGACCAGGACACUGGAGAGAAGCCGCAGCUCAACGCUCCCAGCCCCACAGGGGCUGGCGAGUUCCCCUUAGGUGCAGUGCGGCUCACCCUGUCUCUCCACCCUCUUUAGAGCAGAAUUCCUGGCAACUGGAUAGAACCAACCAACAUAGAGGCUUUGCAGUCGGCAAGCUAACUAGCGGCCUUAUCUUUGCCUUUAAUCUCCCACAAGGCCUGCUUUGGAUUCUCCUUGACUCUUAGGCGUGCCUCCACAACUAAGGCACACCCUAGGUAGGCUGAAAGAUAGACCUGUCCCCACCGCAGCUGGUGACCAUGUCUGUGUUUUCAGCCCACGCGUCCACAGUCCAUGUCACUUCCCAGAUUACAACCCGGCCUAAAUGCCAACUCCUUCCUGCUCGUCUCUGACCUAAGUGCUUUCUCGUUUGAAACGCCUUUGACCCUCUACAUCCCGCUGUUGUGUUUUACAUGUUGCUUGGCGUCUUUGGGGUCAUGCCCCCUAUUCCCCGCCCACCCAGGGCAGAUCUGACUGGCUGUUUGCUGAAGUUUCUGUCUCUUGGUCCACAAGUAUUUGGAAUGGUCACUGAUAACUGGCCACAGUCUUGGCAUCUCAUUUAGGACCUCCACAAGAAAUGGGCACCUUGAGCCCUGACAAAACGGGCACCUUGAGCCCUGACAAGUGUAUAUUGCGUGUCUCAUCUGUGAAGUGCUUCCUGCUACAUAGAGCUAGCUCAACAGACUGUACAUAUUUACAAGAAACUUUAUAUUCGUAAAAAAAAAAAAAAAAAAGGAAAUUGAAUUGGUUUCUACUUUUUUAUUGUAAAAGGUGCAUUUUUCAACACUUUUGUUUUCAAUGGUGGUAGCUGUGGACAGCUGUCUCCACCGGAGUGGGGAACUCUGUGUGACCACCGAGACGCCAGCAGGAAAUAAUCGUAACCCGAAAUUGCAGUCAAAAGCUUAUAUUAGCAUCAAUAAGAUUCUAGGUCUCCAAAAAUUCAGGCUUUUUCUUCAUUACCUUUUUUAUUAAGAAUGAGGAGAACACAUGGGCGAUUCCAGAUCCACUUGAAAGGGAUGAAUCUGUUGUUAAACAAUAGUGAAAUAAA